CCAUAUAGCUAUGAGGUAGUUGAGAAAAUAAUAAGAAAUCAAUUUCCUCCCCAAGAACAGCUGAGGCUCAUUUACUCCUCCCAAAGGUUGACAGUUGGGUGGAAUAUUAAUUACUACUCUUUCUUUUCUAUCCACUUCUUUUACACUUCCCCCCUCCAAAUUUCCACUUACCCGCACCAUCAGCCUUUGUUUAUUAUAUAAAUGCAAUACAUAUCUCCCCCCUCUCAUCUUGCACCACCCACCAUCUCCAAAUUUUUAUUUUUAAUUUUACAGUAUGGCUGGGACUGCAGCUCUCUUCUUGUGCGCUCUCCUGGCGGCCAAUGCUCUGCUGCUCCUGCCGUCAGCGACGGCGGAUGAUGACGUUAUGAGCGCUGGUGGUGAUCAGGAUGAUGAGGUGGAGGACAAGCACUUCAAAGUGGCGCCUCGUCCGAUGCUCAGGGGAGGCGGCAAAGGGAUCGGCCGUGGGAUUUCCGACAAAGGGUUCCGUCAUGGUAGGUUCGGAGGCGGAGGACUUGGGGGUGGGUUUGGUGGCGGGGGAGGUUUCGGCGGUGGUGGAGGGGGUGGGUUAGGUGGUGGUGUUGGGUUGGGUGGCGGCGUUGGCCACGGAGGUGGUUUAGGCCAUGGUGGGGGACUUGGCGGCGGAGUAGGACACGGUGGCGGGCUGGGAGGAGGAGGCGAUGGCGGGCUUGGUGGAGGAGGUGGCGGUGGUGGUCUAGGCGGAGGCGGGGGUGGAGGGGGAGGCGGGAUCGGCGGCGGCGGUGGGUUGGGUGGUGGUGCUGGAGGCGGCGGUGGGUUUGGAGGUGGUGGUGGGUACGGUGGAGGGGGCGGCAUUGGCGGCGGCGUGGGUGACGGUGAUGAGAACGGAGGGGAUCUUGGAGGUGGAGGGGGUGAUGACGACGGGGGUGCGGAUGCUGGGUAUGGUGAUGGAGGAAGUGCCGGCGGUGCUGAUGAUAGUCCUUGAAGUAGGCUUUGUUUCGCCAUCGGCUAGCAGUAGGAAUAUAUGAUAUAUUACUGUUAAUGGAUGUAUUUUACAAGAACCUGUCUCUUUUAAGUACGUGCAUUCUAUUGUUCCAGUUAAGUGACUUUGUUGGUUAUGUACUAAUUACAAGUGUCUGAAAGUGUACUCAUGAUUACCCUCCAUGCACUUUGUGUAUGCUUGUUUGCUUAGGACCUCCUGCUCUUUGUAAUCAAAAUCUUGGACGUUAUAUAUAGUUGAUCCGAGUUUCUCUAGUUAGCUAGCUAUUACUUAAUUAGACCUAAUUAAUUUGGAUAACAGACUCCUAUUGAUCUAAAUUUUUAUUGGAAUAAAUUAUCGCAACGAUC